AUGUAUAAAAGCAGACAGACUAACCGUGAUUUGGUUCAUCAGUCGUACAUAAGUAUUAAAAAGUUUCUGUUAUUGAUUUCUACAUUUAUAUUAACAAAAUGUGCUCGUUGUUAUGGUAAAUCAUUGGAUGGUAAUCGGGGUGAGGGACGUGCAAGUUUUGAUCGUUUUUGGUAUGAUAGAUUUGACCAUGAGUGUAAAUUAUUCAUCUAUGGUGGUAUUGGUUUAGUAUAUGAAAGAGAUAAUAUAUUUAGUACAAGAGAUGAAUGUUACCAAACAUGUAAACUGGUAAUCGGUGGUAAAGAACACGGAGAAUACACGAAAUUUCCAUUAUCGGAUUAUGAAUUACAAAAAUAUAUUGGACGAUAUAUUAAUUACGUUCGAAAUGAAUUAGAACGCUCUGGUUACCUGGUUCAUGUUGUUCGUACAGGUCGUUUUGCUACCGCUGAAAUACCAGUUUCAAUUACAGGCCAAUCUGCACGACUACAUGCAAUUGUUAUUUACUAUGGUAGGGACAACCGAGUUACAAAGAUUGUACAACGUGAAUAUUAA